GCCUUCGGUCCUCCGCGCACCCUGCACCCAGCGAGAAGUGCCGCGCGCCGACGGAGCGGACAUGGGUAGAGCCAUGGUAGCCAGGCUGGGGCUGGGGCUGCUGCUUCUGGCACUGCUCCUCCCCACGCAGAUUUAUUCACAGUCUACAACUUCAACUUCUUCUGUAGUAGCUCCUACAAGUAAUGCUACCCAGUCUACCUUGACAGCCCCAAAUCCAACUAAUGGCACCACGGCAAGUGACGGUGCCCUGAAGUCCACAGCCAGUCUCUUCGUGAUCUUGUUCUCCCUCCUGCAUCUCUACUGUUAAAGAGACUCAAACCAAGAAACAUCUGCACUUGCCCAUCUUUCAAACCCAAUGCAAAUGGCGUCUAGACAGCCAAUGUGGCAAGGAAAACUCUUCUUCAUUGAUUCUGCUAAUUCCACACCUUAUCAAUAAUUGACACAGAAAAUGUUGAGAAUCCCAAAUUUGAUUGGUUUGAAGAGCAUGUGAAGGGUCUGACUAGCUGAUGAAUGCCAAUAUUAACUCUGCUGGAGUUUCCCGUACAAGAUGAAGAAACACAACCAAAAUUUGUUGAGAUGCUUUCCUUAAUUAUGGUUUCAGAAAUAUGGAAUAUAAAACUCUUAUCUUGAAAUUAAGAAUAGAUAUCUAGAGAUAAAGGAUGGGAUGUAGAACAGAGAUUCAGUUUUCAUUUGGUUUGUUCAAUCUAUAAAGUCAUAAAGAAGUUAGGUAAUAUACAAAGUUUCAGUGAUUCUAUUUAUGUGUACAUUAGAGGGAUCUU